CAGUGGUCCAAAGGUAGGUUAUAAUUUCGGUGCGCAACUCGUGACGCCCAGAAGAGGAGUGUUUUUUGUGGUAACCCCACGUGCUCUAGCGGGAGGAUGAGAUGAUUUAAGUACUUAUCAGUGCAUUAUGGGUUAUCUGCUGCUAAAGGCAUCGCAGAGCAGAAGAAAAAAGCGGCCUCCAAACCAGUGGUCACUUCGAGUUUCAUACAUUUAUGCUUUUCAGUGAGUGGGAUGGGCAGUGUUUCCACAGCAUGAUUUUAUGUAUUUAUUUCCUCUCCUGAUGUAUGAACAAUGGAGAGACCGUCAGCAGAAAUUUCUGGUGGCCCUCCUCUCUGUCCCUGUGUUAGAUCAUUGUUUUUGAUGCUGUUGUUGUGUAUGAGAGCAGCGAUGCACCCAUCUUUUUGGAUUUCUGCUAGAAAAUACAGAGAACAGCUGGCGGUGACUGCGACUCGCUUAUUCCUCCUCACUCCUGGACCAACAAGCGGCUGAUGCUCGCAGCUCUUUCAUCCUUCCAAUAUGAAGGUGAAAUUCCCUGGACUAACUCACUACUGGCCUCUUAUCCGAUUCCUAGUUCCUCUCGCCAUCACAAACAUAUCCAUUGACCUAGGAGAACAGGCUCUAAACAGGGGGAUUGCGGCGGUCAAAGAGGAUGCAGUAGAGAUGCUGGCAAGCUAUGGGCUGGCUUAUUCCCUGAUGAAGUUCUUCACAGGGCCAAUGAGCGACUUUAAAAACGUGGGCUUGGUGUUUGUUAACAGCAAACGUGACCGUACCAAAGCAGUCCUGUGCAUGGUUGUAGCAGGGACGAUAGCCAUCAUCUUUCACAUUCUUAUUGCCUACACAGAGCUGGGCUACUACAUCAUCAACAAGCUCCAUCAUGUUGACGACUCGGUGGGUAACAAGACUAGGAGGGCUUUCCUCUACUUGGCAGUAUUCCCUCUGCUCGAUGCCAUGGCUUGGACACAUGCAGGCAUUCUUCUGAAACACAAACACAGUAUUCUUGUAGGAUGUGCUUCCAUAUCUGAUGUUGUUGCACAGAUUGUCUUUGUGACCAUCUUGCUUCACAGUCAUCUGGAAUGUGUAGAGCCUCUAUUGAUCCCCAUCCUUUCCCUCUACAUGGGUGCUCUGGUGCGCUUCACUAUCGUGGGGCUCGGGUACUAUCGCAACAUCCACAACAGAAUACCAGAGUCCAGUGGGCCUGAAGUUGGGGGAGACACCACCAUCAAGAAGAUGCUAAGCUUCUGGUGGCCUCUGGCUCUGAUCCUGGCCAUGCAGAGGAUUAGUAGACCCAUUGUCAACCUCUUUGUGUCCCGUGACCUCAAGGGCAGCUCUGCAGCCACAGAGGCAAUGGCAGUUCUGACUGCAACCUACCCAGUGGGUCACAUGCCAUAUGGUUGGCUGACAGAGCUGCGGGCGGUGUAUCCAGCCUUUGACAGGAAUAAUCCCAGUACCAAACUGGCCAACAGCGGUACAACAGUAACUAAGUCCCACAUCAAGAAGUUCACCUUCUUGUGCUUUGCACUUUCUAUAACGCUUUGCUUUCUGGUGUUCUGGACUCCUCACAUAUCUGAGAGGAUCCUGGUUGACAUCAUUGGUGUGGACCAGGCCUUUGCUGAACUCUGCAUACCCCCACUGCUCAUCUUCUGCUUCUUCCCAGUGCCAGUAACCAUCCGGGCUCACCUGACUGGCUGGCUGAUGACGUUAAAGAAGACCUUUGUCCUUGCUCCUAGCUCAGUGCUUCGCAUCAUUGUCCUCAUUACAAGCCUCAUUGUAUUACCUUAUAUGGGCGUGCAUGGGGCAAGUUUGGGUGUAGGCUCCCUCCUUGCUGGGUUCCUUGGAGAGUCAAUAAUGGUGGCAAUAGCAUCCUGCUAUGUAUUUCGAAAACAGAAGAAAAAGAAAGACUCGGAGGAAGAGACAGUGGAAGGAGAAGACUCCACCCCCAUGAAUGACUUGCGGCCUUUGAGUCAAAAAGAUGACAUUGUGGACUGAGAGAAGAGGAAGAGCUGAUGAUUGAGCUGAUGUAUACUGUUGGGGAUGUGCUGAAGUCUAGUACAUGGAGUUCUCACUUGUUUACUUUGAGUGCAGUUUUCGAAUUUAUUUUAGCAGCCCUUCCACCCUAAGAUUUGUAAGUACCCGUGAAGAGUACCCCUGAGAGGAUGUAUCACUAUUGUUGAAUAUUUAUAUCAGGGCUAUCAGAGAUAACUUGUUAACCUCUGAGUUAUAUUAAGUAUGCCUAACACAGUUCAAUUUCUUUAAUGCACUUAACAGAUUUUUCAAUGUAAUCGAACCUCAGCCAUAUUGAUUGAGACAUGCCCAGGCUUGCUAAUUUAACACUCAUAAAGAAAAAAAUAAUAAAAAAUAAAUAAAUAUAUAUAUAUAUAUGAACACACAGAAUAUAUUGUGCUGCAAAAUUAUCUGUUGAAGGCUGUUGGGUAAAUACAGUUAAAUGGCAUUUGUACAUUUUUACAAACACCAUGCACAUGCAUACUUGCGUCUUCCAAAUUUCAUUUGGAUCUUGCAAAGCCAGUGUAAUGCAGAGAAGAAACUAACUUGUACCAAAGCAAUGUCGCACACUUCUUUUCUUUUCUCUGUGUUCGCCAGACUUUUCUGUGCUGCCGUCCUUGACCUUAAUGAACACACAUGAGAACUUAAAGUAAUGUUUUUUUCAAUGUACUGUAAAAUUUAAAUUACUUCAGAAACAUAUCUUUCAUUUUAUCUCUGAAUGUAGACAAAUACUUUGAGAUUGAAUGAUGGUCACAGUCACAGUCCUGUGACUUUAAGACUUAAUAUUUAUUUAGCUUUUUUACAGUUUUAUACCUGGUUAAAAAAUCUGUUUUUUUAUUAGAAUAAGGUAAACGGAAAACAGUCAUAUCUAUUAGGGUAUAAAUUUGUUUUUCAGUUGCUAUCUGAUAGCUGUGUGUGCGUGAUUCUUUGAUGAUAUAAAAAAUUAUAAUCAAUGUUGAUAAACUAAAACAUGGAUCCUUUUAGAAUUAUGUUUUUGACUGAGAUGCAGGUGAAGACUGUACACUUGUUUGUUUUUUUUUCGUUUUGUUUUUCAGUCAGGUUUGUUACAGUGUUCUUAUUUAUUUAUACAUUUAACUCAGGAUGUAACUCCAUGAAGCAAUACAGUGUGAUUAGAUACAGUUGUUAAUUUCACCUCUCAAACUAUUGUGUAUUUAACUUUUUUUGUGUAAAAUUUCCACCAUUGACUAUAAUGCACAAGAAAGGGAUGUAUGUUUUCUAUAGAUUUUAGUGGAUAGGAAAGCCCCUAUAGUCGGGCCAUUUGUAUUUGAUUAAGCUCUCUCAAAAAUAUAAAUACUGUGAUUAUUGUAAAUGACAAAAUAGGGAUAUCUACUCCCUUCUGAAGUUAUU